CGCAAUGAGAUCACAAAGCAGAAAUUCUGCACUCCGAUCACGUUUCAGGCAUUUACAGUAACUGUGCACACUAACUACAGCGGACAGCACCAUCAGCUACACAUCAGAUCAAUAUGAUGGACAUCAUUUCCUGUAUAUAACAUUUAUCAGCUGAUGUGUUUGAACUUGUCUGCAGCCACAGCAGAGAGGAGGACACCAACCAUGAGACUGAAAGGAGCACAAGCUGCAUUCAUUUGUCUUCUCACUUUGUCAGCAGUACAGGGUCAGGAUGGUUGGUCAGUGACUUACACCUCUACUCAGAUUUGUGCCUUAAAAGGAUCAACAGUGGACAUACGCUGCACCUACACGUACCCAUCCAGAGUAAAUGGGAACGUGACUGUAGUUGAAAAAGCUGUAUGGUUUACUAAAAUGAAGGGUGAUGAACAUGUGGAUGUGAGGACAGAGGCAGAGUUUGCAGGUCGUGUUCAGUAUCACUGUGAUGACAAAGACUGCACUCUGAGAAUCACAGACCUGAGAGAGAGCGACUCAGCUGAGUACAAGUUCAGAUUUGUGACAAACCAACCAGGAGGGAAAUAUGCUGGAUCACCUGGAGUCACUCUGUCUGUCACAGUUCUCCAGGCAGAAGUGAUAAAAACUUGGCCAACCUUGUAUCCUACAUGGAAGAAGGUGACGUGUCAGAGCAGUUGUCAUCUACCUGAUCCUCAUUCAUAUGUCUGGUACCAGAACGAAGUGAAUAUUGACAGAAAGGAGUCUUCUUUUGAAAAAUACUUUGGUUAUACAGACAGCAUUUCCUGUGCUGUAAAAGGAUACGAGAAGCUUCCCUCUCCUUCAGUGUGUGUUGAUGAUCAAACCUGUAACAGAGUGUCUUACACCAGCAGAAGCAUCUGUGCCCUCAAAGGUUCAUCAGUGGACAUUUCUUGCAUCUACAGUCAUACACAUCCUGCUGUGUCCAAAUUCUGGUUCAGUCCUGAACGUAGUCAUCAGCAGCAGCAUCGCUCACACCCCGAGGACCUCAGAAAAGACUCCCACUAUGCAGGUCGUGUUGAGGUCAUUGAAACAGAGAGAGGACGCUCCACUCUGAGAAUCAGAGACCUGACAGAGAGGGAUUCAGCCGAGUAUCACUUUAAAUUCAAAACACAAAGCUUUGAAUGGAAGAGCAGUUUACCUGGAACAACUCUGACUGUAACAGCUCUGCAGGUGAAGGUGAGCAGAAUAAUAUCAGUCCAUCAGACUCAGACUGAGGCAGAGCUGAAGUGUGAAAGCAGCUGCAGUCCAGCUGGUCGUCUUUCUUACGUCUGGUUCAAGAACGGACAGAAAAACACGACACAGCAAACGUCUGCUUAUACAGACUACUUUAAUCCUGGAGACAACAUCUCCUGUGCUUUCUCUGGAUACGAGGAUUACCGCUCUCCAUCAGUGUAUCCUUCAAAGCUUCCCUCUGUGUCAGUGAGUCCCUCUGGUGAGAUAGUGGAGGGCAGUUCAGUCACUCUGACGUGUCGUACAGAUGCUGAUCCAGCAGCUAAUAACACUUUGUACAAAGGCAACCAAACCUUGCCUCUAACACCAGAAGGUAUUUAUCAUUUCACCUCCAUCAGCUCUGAGGACAGAGGAAUGUACGACUGCAAGACUGAGGAUCAGCUCUCUGUGUCUUUAUUCAUAGAUGUCCAGUAUGCUCCAAAGCUUUCCUCUGUGUCAGUCAGUCCCUCUGGUGAGUUAGUGGAGGGCAGUUCAGUGACUCUGACCUGUAGCAGUGAUGCUAACCCAGCAGCUAAUUACACCUGGUACAAGGAGAAUGAUAACUCAGCAAAAGCAUCUGGACAGAACUUCAUCAUCACUGACUUCAGACCUGAACACAGUGGGAGUUAUUACUGUGAAGCCCAGAACACAAGAGGACGUCGCAGCUCCACCUCCCAUCCUCUCACUGUUGUGACAGGCUUAUGGACAUUUCCUGUCAUGCUCUCAGUCUCUGUUACUGCUCUGGUCAUCAUACUCUUCUUUCUCCUGCUCUGGAUUAGAAGGGCAUUGAAACACCAAUCAGAGGCUGCAGAGAGGCCAGACAACGGAGCACAGACGGAUGAAAUUCAAUAUGCUGCUGUACAAUUUGCUACAACCCAGCCAGAUUUUGCUAACUCCAACUUCAGCUCAGCCCAGUUUGACAGAUACCAGGAAGAGAGUGUUACAUACUCCACCAUGAAUGUCAGAAGUGCUAGAAGAUCAAAACACCAAGCUGCUGUGGAGGAUGCCUCUGCACAGUACAGCACCGUUAACAAACCUCCCAGAGUGUGAACACAGCUGCUGUGUGUUUCAUCAGGCUCCUCUGUUUCUGGGGGUAAUAAGUGACUUGCCAUGAAUAUAAAUCAUCACCACAAACCUCCAAAAUGACCAUAAAGUACAACCAGCAUCUCUUAAAUCUAAUGUGAACAAACUUCUCAUUUCAUGUUUGUAUAUUUUUCUUGCUUUGUCUUCACAGCUCAUUAAAUACCGAGUACUUUGCUGUAUGUAUGAUCAAUUUUGAAACAUCUCUUUAUAUUUCCAAUGUUAACUUUUGUUGCUUUAUCUCACCAGUAGUCAGUAGGAACACGGAUUUUAUUUCCCAGACUAACUGUGUGACAAUUCAGCUUAACUGUUGUUUAAAUAUCUUGUUUAAAGUUCAAAGAGAGAGAUUAGUGAUCUCUGGUGCCACCUUGUGACCAAAAUGCUUUGUGCUCAACAAAAAAGUAAAGUUGUGGCUGUGUCUUAGUUUUUCCAGAUGGUAAAGAAAUGGUAAUUUAUUUAAUUAGUACUUCAUUGAACAACCUGUCCUGCAUUUAUAAAACAGAGUUUCUGUUUACAGUAAUGUUAACAGAAAAUUGCUUUUUUUGUUGACCCAUUGUAAAAGCUUAAUUGUUUUAUAGUUCAUAUUGAAGAAAAGUGAGGAUUUUUUUCUGUAAUUUAACUUUCUAUAUAUUAUUUAAUAAUUAGUUUGGUGUGGUAUGAAUAAUAAUGGAAGUGGUAUUUAUCAAAAGAGAGAAAAAAACAAAUAAAAAAAGAGGACGUCA